UACGCACGGUGUUGUGUUUACAAACAGGAAGAGGGGGUCACGUUAGCUUGUGGUAACGUUUUUAUUCUUAAAGAAAUUAAGUUAUUGUUGCUCCUAGUUUGCGCCUUCUUCUAGAUAAUCACUUUAAGCGACCACGGAAAUGUUAACAGACUGAGUUCUUUAAGUAAUCAUAAAUUAUCAGCCAUUCAUGUGUCUGAAAGAUAAUGCUAAUGCUAACCUAGGCUAACCACUUUGGUAAAGCUACAAAGGCUGACUGUCGACUCUUGUCUUAUUCAGGUAGUUAAAUGUAAAUUGCGUUUGGUAAAAUAUAACGUUGUAUAGUGUGUAUAAGAAUAAGUCUGACAGAAAAUCACUCGUACCACCACAUGUCAAAAUAAGUAAGCUAGCUUCUUUUGCUUGCUAGCUUCUUUGCUAACAAAUAGGGAAUUAUAACCUAAACAUGAUAUUUGUGGCUCAUAAAAUGUAAGACAUUUCUGUUGUGUACGUCCACAUUUCACCAGCCUUUUAAAAUCUCAACGUAAUACCAUAGUAUGCUGCCAUAGCAAGAGCAUUUCAGCUUUCCUUAGCUGAAAUAGGAUACUGUUACUCAGACUGACUUUCAAUAAAAUGACAGUGAACUAGUUAAACUACAGUCAGUCCUUAUGGCUACUUUAGGCUUUACUCCUGCCAGUGAGCAGGAUAUUUUCAGCAUUGAAACAACAGGACAGUCCAGCUCUUUAACAGGCUGUGUGCUUAGUGGGGAAGAGGCCAAGCAGUUCUAUGAAAAUGUAAUGAAAGAUGAUGAUCAAGGACAAGAAGUAUCAAGGAGUACAUUUAGCAAAAAAUGUUAUGGCAGAGCCCAUCAAAGUACACAGAGGAAAAGAGAGUCCAAUAGGAGAGUCAGGAGGAGAGUAAUGGCUGCAGAUGUGCGACAGGAUCAAACCAGUCCAGCUGUGGAAAGAUGGAUUGGUACUGAAAGCGAAGGCAUUCAAAGGAGAGAGACAACAGCAAGAGAGACAAGCAACUCAGAAAGGUCAGUGGAGCUCCAGGGACUCAGGUUGCUACGCUGUGCCCACGAGGGAGACCUGUCUGGUCUCACAGAGCUGCUCUCAAAGGGAGUCGACAUAAACUUCCAGGAUUCUUUCUUCUGGACGGCUAUGAUGUGUGCAAGCUGGUCUGGACAGAGAGCCGUGGUGAGGCUCCUGCUGCAACAUGGAGCAGCCUGGGUUGGAGUGGUUGAUAUGCAGGGCAGGGAUGCCAAAGACCUGGCGCUGGAAGCGGGCCAUAAUGAAGUGCUGGAAGAGUUGGAGAGCUAUGGGAGAAGUGCACAGAGAGACACACAAUCUCAUAGCAGUGCCUCCCAGACUCAGUGGUGUGAUGUGUGUUGUAGCAAGUACAGCAGCAGCCUGUCAUCACAUCUCUCCUCCACUCUCCAUCAGUUUAAUCUGCGGCGUCCUCCAGCCACCCCCUUCUACUGUCUACCUCCCUCCAGCAACAGCUACAAGAUGAUGGUUCGUUGCGGCUGGAAACCAGGAACAGGACUGGGGCCAGAGGGAGAGGGGCCGCAACAGCCGGUGCCAACUGUGCUGAAGAGAGACCAGAAGGGUCUGGGGUAUGGACAGAUGAAAAGAGCCAAAGUUACGCACUUCCGAGCCAGGGAUCGUGAUGCCGUGAAACCACCAUCCAAGGAUAAAGAGGAGAGGGAAGGAAAGGGGAAGGGGAAGAGGAAGGAAGAAAAUAGGAGAAAGGAGCAAAAGGAUAAAAACUGGGAAAGAGAUUUUCGUGCCUCUUUUUAUCUUUGACACCAGCUCAGUGACUUUCCUACAAGCCCUCUGCCUCAAACUUAUCUGAAAGCAUCUCAAAUGAGAUGUGGUUCUUUAUUUAAAAAUGUGAAGGUGUCUUCUCAUGGAAUAUAAUAUGAACACCUUGACUCUACUUAGAAAGCUGAUAACAUAUCCAAGGGUGGAAUCAGUUGAACUUCUGCCUUCAGGUUAUGCAAUCACCAAAUGCGGUAUUGUGCUUACUCUUUAAUAAUAGAUAUGGUGUGGUUGUUGUUGACCCACUAAGACUGUUUCAAAAGGUUACAUAAGAUUUUUAUUAACAUUUAUUAGAAAAUACAGGAGCCUCACUGAUCUAACAAACUUCACAGAGAACACUGAUUAUUGUUCAUAAAAUGGGAAAGGAAGUGGGUUUUAUAUGGUAAUAAAAUCUAAAACAAUACUGAGACCUUGAUUUAUGUGUCUGAACAGGCAUAAAACAGAUUGGCUCAGACAUUUUACUUGCAUCUAAUUCUGUAAAUUCAGUAAACAUUUGACCAUGGUUUUUCAAUGUAGAAUAUGUUAUACAACUACACGGACCAGCAGUGAACUCUCCUUUUGUUGCCGAUCCAGGUUCCUUUUAACCAAAUUUAACACACCUACGCACAUGUGACUGGUGAGUCACAUGUUUAUGCGUGCUAUGCUGUAUCAGCAUGUCACCUAUACUCUUACUUCUUUAUAUAUAGCACGGUAAAACUGGUAAUUCCUGCAAUUCUUGCAUCAGUCUAGAGUGUUUAUGUCUCAAAAGCUGGCCUCUUUUCUCUGGUUAUAUGUUGGUACUUUCAACAUUUUAUUUAAGUAAGCACAGCUCAAGCCAAAUGAGUGAACUUUAACCCUCUUUUACACAGUGUGUAGGCUCAAGUCUUAUGACAAGCCCCAUUUCUACUUCAAAGCCCAGGCUGAAGAUGACAGGUGACUGGGCUGUGGUCCUCAAAGCUGAGCUUUUGCUGAAAGCUCAGUAAUAAGCACUGUCACUGUCACAGCUGCAUUCAGGUUGCUUCCAUGUAGUUGUGUGGGUGUCCUGCGAGUGAGGUGGGGUUUCCCUGUUUUUGUUAGAUUAGGAGUUAGGUUAGUGGCUUGUUUUUUUGUUCCUCUUUAUUGAGUAGGUAAGUUUAGUCUUAGUUACUUCUGUUUGUUAUUUUGCUGUUAGCCCACCCUGAAGAUAAAGAAAUCUUGAAUAAAAACCCUAAUGGGCUGUAAA